AUCAUACCUGGUUUAUGCUUGUAUUAUUAUUAUUAAAGGUGGAUGUGUGUGAAAGAAAAACGAGAUCACUUAAUUUACAGUACUAACAAAGAACAUUAUAAUAAUUAAGUAUAUUCGUUGGUGAUGUGUCUUCUUUGAUGGUUUAAUUACCUUUGAACUUUGAAGUGUUAAGGAAAGAUUAGUGACAAUAACUCUCGCGUUUUAUCUAAUGUCAAUAUUUAUUAAAAAUGCAGUAAGCAGUAAUAGUGAUAGUUGACGAAGAGUUAAGUUAUUGCGUAGGUAUAUAGUUACGACUACACUUGGACUGUCUCAUUACAUCUAUAUGAAUAAAAAGCACAAGUGUCAAGGGUGAAUUGUUUGAUUUAUUCUUAGAUUUAUAAAACUGUUUGUGAAUAUUAUUUAUGGACUAAUUUUGUGGUUCUUGUGACGACUGUGUAAAAACAGUCAGUCUUAUAUAUUGCGAUCAUGGAACAAAUGAUUGCUCUGAGUACUCAAAAUCCAUUAACUUUAUUAGUAAAGUUUGGGAUGAUGGCUUGGAAUGAUACUUGUGGCAAUGAGAAUUGUUCUGGACAUGGAGAAUGUCAUAAUGGUACUUGUUUAUGUGAGAUUCAGUUUGAUGGACUAGAAUGUCAUGUUCCAAAUUUAAGUUACUACAUUGCAUUCGCAACUAUAUUUUUUAUGCUGGCAUUUGUGUGUCUAAUACAGCUUAUUAUGUGUAUCAUCGCAGAAUGGCAGAAAAUGAAAGCACCAUCUUUUCUUAGAGCUUGUAGAGUCACAACACAAAAAGUUUUAUACUUUAUUGUAUUUCUCGCAUCAUUGAUAAGAGGAGCAUAUUUUACAUCACCGACUGCGUUUAAAGAAGGAUGGUCCAGAAGUUUAUUAUCUGCAUAUUAUCCACUUGUUUUAAGUGGAUCCUCUUUAAUUGUUUGUUUCUGGGCUGAAGUAUUUCACUUAAGAAAUAUGUCAUGGGACAAACCACAGUUUCUUUCAAAAUCAUUCAUAGGUUUUGCUGUGUUUAAUGUAUUAACAUACUCCCUGCUUUUAGCAGAAUUUAUUGUUACUCAAAUAUAUUCCCAAGAAGAUCAGAGCUUUUACACCCAUGUCUUUAAUGGUUGCUAUGCAGUGCUCUUGUUUAUUGUUGUGGUAUUUUUCUUAAUUUAUGGAGUGGAAGUGUACUUUAAAAUUCGAGGUGGUUUCUUGAAUGAUUAUCAAAAUAGUACAAUUUUAAAUAAACGUACAGUCUCUGAUUUAAAAGUUAAUGCUGAAGAACAAGUUACUGCAAAAUUAUUUGAUCCAGUUCCAAGUACAUCACAAUUAUCUCAAGUGCAAGAACAAAUAAAUAUUUCUCAAUUGCAUCAGUCACGUGUAGGAUUAUUAUCGCAAGCUUUCAUGUUAUUUAUUAUUGUUGGAUUUUUGUGCAGUGAAACACUUAGCGAAUUCUGGAAAGCAAAAGUUCCUUUAUAUAGUAGGAAUUGUCAUGAUAUUGUUUUCCGUAUUAUUGAAGUAGGCGUAAUAUUAUGGUUUCCAUGUGUGCUAUGGAAUUGUUUUAGUCCUGAACAGCUGUGGAUUUUAAAUCCAAAGCGUCUUUUGAAACGAUUAGAUCAUUCGAAAUACAUGAAAGAAAUAGAAUUACAAGAUAAAAAUGCAGAACAAGAUACUGCACUUUUUUCGGAUGGAACAUCAAUUAACAGCAAAGAUUGUUGGAUCUGUUACGAUAGUGAAAGGCAAGAUGCUGGUCCAUUAAUACAACCUUGUCAAUGUAGAGGUGAUGUGAGUGCAGUUCAUCACAAUUGUUUGCGCCGAUGGUUGGUCGAGAGUUCUAUAAAUGCUGACAGUCUUACUUGCAAAGUAUGUGGUACAAAUUACAAUGUUGAACAUGCAAGUAAAUUGGACUGGCAAAAUGGUAUAACUUCUCGUCAUUGUUUGCAAACUAUGGCCAUUGUCACAACCAUGUGUGGAUCAUCAGCUGCUGCUUGGACUCUCAUUCAAUUAGUAGAAGGUCCAAUUAUCAGAAUGCUUGCAGCUGGUACUGCAUUGUUGAUUAUGUAUGUUUGUAUAAGGUUUUUAAGCUUAAACACAGUUGUGGCAUAUCAACGUGCCAAAAUUUCAUCUUUAAAUAUUAUUAGUUCUGAUAGUAAUGGAAAUGCACAUGUUUCAACUAUUAGUCAUACAGUUUGUGUAGACUUGGCAAAAUCUGAAACAGCCACGAUAUAAUCGAUAUUUGAUCAUUAAUGAUGUAAGGUAUAUUUUGUCUUUAUUUGUAAGAAAAUUUAGCAAACAAAGCUAGGAAAAAAUUUUUGCAAUUACAUGCAUGUAAAAAGUAUGCAAAAUUGCAUAUAUCAUACAUUAAACAUUUUUCUACCAUUCUUUAUCUAAGGAUUAAUGUUGGUAGUUAUUUAACGAAUUGUGGAAAUCACGCAAUAAUCUAUUACUCUUUUAACAAUUAGAUUCUCAAAUAUUUUUAUGGUUUACAACUAGUCUGUUAAUAAGUUACCAUAAAUUUAAAUCUUAUCUAUUACAUUCGGUUUUGGCAACAAAUAUAUACUUUCAUUAUUCAAAACAAUAUUUUUAGAAUGGAAAUGAAAAAAUAAUUUUGAAAAGAGCAUUCUUUUGUAUAAAAAUUAUAUAUUGUAUAUUAUUUAAGCAAAAUAGUUUAGUUUUGAGUUUGCAAAUAUGUAACUUUAAAUUUAGAUUAUAAAUUGAGAUGUGCAAAAUGGUAAUAGUUGAAAUAAACAUAAUUUUGUAGAAUGGAAUGUUACCAGUAUAAAAAUAACGAGCACAUAUAUCAUUUUAUAUUGUUUUUGAAACUAAUAUGCUUUUUGGCGUAAGAGUGCAAAAACAAAAUGUUUUCCUUUUACUGCAGCACUAAAUGCACAUAAUUGGCUCAAUGUUUAUUGUGGAAUGUUGUAUGAAAAAAUAUAUGCAAUAAUAUAUGCGAUAGAUCAUUCUAAUUAUAAAAAUUUGUUUAUGACGUGAACGCGCAGUUUGCAUACGUACUACAUGUAUGGUUUUAUGAAAUCCAGAAAUAUUAUGAAUAAUGAUAAAUAUUUUAUAAAUAAUUUAUUGACGCGUGACAGUUCCAAGUAAAUAAAAUACGAAUUGUUUCCGCGAUAUAUGAAUUUCAUGUUUGAAAAUACUCGUAUUUCAUAUGUCUCUUAGUUUUAUAGGAUGUAUAUAUAGUAUCAUAAUUAACAAGUGAUAUAUAUUUCCAUUUCUUGGAAAGAAAUAUGUUAUGUAAUAUUGUAAUACUAACAAUCAUUCUUCGCUGCAUUUUUUGUAGUAGUACAAAAAUAUUCUAAUUUUAAUAACUUAUUAUAAAGCUAACAUGCUAUUACACGCGGGGUAGUUUUACUAAUAACUGUUAAAAGAUAUAUUUGUAAGUGUUAAUAAUUAGUAAUCCCUUGUUAAGUAAUACUGAUAAAAGUAUCUGCUUAAUGUAAAGUGUUGAAAUAUUGUGAUCAAAAAAUAACAUUAUCAUAUAUAUAUUUUUGUUAUAAAUCGGCUAAUGUAAGAAAUUUAUAUUGAAAGUAUAUAUUGUUUAAACAACUACAUUAUAAAUUACCUUAUAUUAUAAAUAUGUUUAAAUUUAACUAAUUUAUUUUUCAAAAUUCUAAAAUUUAAAAUUUUUUAUACAUGUUAUCAUUUCCAUUGCCCUGCGGAUGAAACUUAAGCAUGUUGUUUUCUAAUACAUUAUUUGAUACAACUAAAAAAAAAUACUAUAGAAAUGUAAAAAACUAUAAGUAAACAUUAAUAUCAGCACUAUAAGUAUAUUCAGGUAGAGAAAAAUAAUAAUAAGCGCGAAGAUACAGACUGUACAAUGUCCAAGUUGAUUAUUAAAUAAAAAGGCCAAAAUAAAAUUA